UUGCUCCGCGCAUGCUCACUGCCGGAACCCGAGCGCUUUCUGGCGCCCGCCUCGCCCUCCCGCCCUUCCCGCGGUGGACGUGAGGUACCGGCUGACGUUGCCUGAGGGCGGCGGGGCGGGCACGUGAGGCGGCUGAGGAGAGAUGGAGGCGCUGGACCGGGUGGUAAAGCCUAAAACUAAGAGAGCAAAAAGAUUUCUUGAGAAGAGAGAGCCCAAACUUAAAGAAAAUACAAAAAAUGCUAUGCUCAUAAAAGGAGGAAAUGCAAACUUAACAGUGACUGAAGUGCUUAAAGACAUUUAUGCUGUGAAGAAGCCUUUUGCUGUACUGUAUAAAAAGAAAAAUAUUACUAGGCCUUUUGAGGAUCAAACAUCAUUGGAAUUUUUUUCCAAGAAAUCAGAUUGUUCUUUGUUUCUGUUUGGCUCUCAUAACAAGAAGCGACCUAACAACCUGAUAAUAGGUCGCAUGUUUGACUAUCAUGUCCUAGACAUGAUUGAGUUAGGCAUUGAGAAGUUUGUAUCCCUAAAAGAUGUCAAGAACAGUAAAUGUCCUGAAGGAACAAAACCGAUGUUGAUAUUUGCUGGCGACAUGUUUGAAGUAAAUGAGGAAUACAGAAGACUGAAGAGCCUUCUUAUUGAUUUCUUCAGAGGUCCUAGCGUGCCCAAUAUUCGUCUGGCUGGUUUAGAGUACGUUCUGCAUUUCACAGCUGUAGAUGGGAAAAUUUACAUGCGAAGCUAUAAGGUGCUUCUGAAGAAGUCUGGCUGUAAAAUACCAAGAAUUGAACUGGAAGAGAUGGGACCUUCAUUAGAUCUGGUUAUGAGGAGGACACAUUUAGCCUCGGAUGACCUUUAUAAGCUGUCUUUAAAACAACCAAAAGCCCUGAAGCCUAAGAAGAAAAAGAAUAUCUCCCAUGAUGUGUUUGGUACAACUUAUGGUCGAAUCCACAUGCAGAAGCAAGAUCUUAGUAAACUGCAGACACGGAAAAUGAAAGGGUUAAAAAAGAGGCCAGCAGAGAAGUCAACUGAAGAUGGUGGGGUUAGUCCCAAAAAGUCAAAAUCAGCUUCAUAGUCUGUAACAGCUUUGAAAACUUUUUGUACCUUCACAUUUAGUAUAUAUAUAUAUAGUAAUAUAAAUGUGUCGGACAUAAAAGACUCAGCUGCUGUUAGCUUUAGUUUUAUAUAAAACAAAAUCUUUUUAAUUGUUUGUCAUUUUAAAGGGAACAUGGGAGUAUUGAGCUUUAAUAUGGAACUUGGUAAUUUAAAAUAAAAAAAAUUGAUAUAACUUGCUUAGUUUUCCAA